AGUCUGGGGGCAGCCGUAUUGGUGAGGUGCCAUUGGCGCCAUUGUGUACGCCCCAUUCCUCCAUAUUGAGGCCAGCCCCUCCCUCCUGCCGACUCAUGCCCUCACCCAUCAUGGCGGCCGCGUUGCCGUGGUAACGGCCGCAUCGGUCCUGCGCCGCCGCCAUUUUUCGUUCCAAGAUGGCGCUGGCGAGCGUGGUGCGGGCGGAGGCUCCGCUCCCGUCCCGUUCCCUCCUCCCGGGGCUCGCCGCGCCCCGGGACCCGGCAGGGCCCCCCGCCGGCAUCGCCGCCCCCCUCCUCCGGGAGCUGCCGCCGCUGCUGCCCGGGCCCGGCAUCCACCUCCUGCACGGCACCACCACCCUGGCCUUCAAGCUGCCCCAUGGCGUGGUGCUGGCUGUUGACUCCCGCGCCACGGCCGGCUCUUACGUGGCGUCGCAGUCGGUGCAGAAGGUGCUGGAGGUGAGCGCACGGGUGCUGGGCACCCUGGCUGGCGGCGCUGCUGACUGUGCCUUCUGGCAGCGGGUGCUGGCACGGCAGUGCCGUGUGUACCGCCUGCGUCACCGGCAGCACGCCUCGGUGGCCGCCGCCGCCAAGCUGCUGGCCAACAUGGUGUACCAGUACAAGGGCAUGGGGCUUAGCAUGGGCACCAUGAUCGGCGGCUGGGACAAGAGGGGGCCUGGCCUCUACUAUGUGGACAGUGAUGGCACACGCGUCCCAGGCACCGCCUUUGCUGUGGGUUCGGGCUCGCCCUAUGCCUAUGGGGUGCUGGACCGCGGCUACCACCCGGAGCUGGAGCUGGAGCCUGCCUGCGCCCUGGCGCGCCGCGCCAUCUUCCAGGCCGCGCACCGUGAUGCCUACUCAGGCGGCCGCGUCUCCGUCUACCACGUGGGGCCCGAGGGCUGGCGCUGCGUCUCCUGUGACAAUGUAGCUGAGUUGCAGGAGCGCUAUGGGGCCGAGUGGGACGGCAACGAGUGAAGGAACAGUGUGGAACAGGCGGGUGGGAGGUGAAAACGGGCAAAACCGGGAAAAAACAGCUGUUUGGGGGCUGAAAACAGCCAUUUUGGGGCCAAAACUGGCUGUUUGUGGGCUGAAAAUGGGCAAAAAUGGCUGUUUGCAGGCUGAAAGUGGUUAACCCUGGGUGUUUUGGGGCUAAAAGUGGCUGUUUGUGGGCCAAAAGUGGCUGUUUUGGGGCUGAAAACAGCCGAUUUGGGGCUAAACCCGGUCAUUCUGGGACUAAAAACGUCAUUUGUGGGUUGAAAACGGUG